GGCAACACUUAUAGAAAAAUUUCUCGUCACGUGACAAAAUCUCGUCUCGCGAAAAAAGGUAUUUUGAGAGAAAGCGUGGAUAUUGUUUUAUCGUUUGGUCGAAAUCAUGUCGCAUACAAUUUUGUUACUGCAACCUGGAAAACCAGAAACAAGAUCUUACUCUGAUUAUGAAUCUGUAAAUGAAUGCAUGGAAGGUGUGUGUCAUAUUUAUGAGGAACAUCUAAAGAGGCAGAACCCCAGCACCGCUUCCAUCACUUAUGAUAUUAGUCAGCUCUUUGAUUUCAUUGAUCAGUUAACGGAUCUGUCCUGUCUGGUAUUUCAAAAAUCCACUAACACCUAUGCACCUUACAAUAAGGAUUGGAUCAAAGAGAAGAUAUACAUUCUCCUUCGGAGGCAGGCAUCCAAGAGUCAGUCUUAAAGUACCAGUUUUAUGGGAUCGGGACAAACUGUAUACAUCAUCAGAGAAAAACUUCCAUUUCCAUUUCUUUCGACGGAAGUGUUGUCCGUCGUACGGUAAACGCGAAUAUAUUUGUGAGAGAACGGAAACCAACUUCUGCUGUUUCUUUACGUUCGAUUUUGGUUUCUGUUCUGAUUUGUCAUUGUCACCUUUUAAAAUUUUUUUUUAUGAUUGCUCAUAAUAGUAACAUUUGUCAACUUGUAUAAAUUUUCAUUUAAUAAAAUUUUUCGAAUCACAACUACACUGUUCUUAAAGGAAAACAUAGAAUUUUCAUAAUAUACUACUAAUGGGAAACAUGAAUUUAUGAACAUAUCCCUUGGAUAUUUUUCAUUUUGUGACUCCAAAGAACAAUAAUGAGUUUUUCUUAAAAUUAUAUAUUUACAAUGUAUGAAAACAACAAACAUUAAAUGUGAAUAAAUGUGCAGUCUUGCUGAAAUUAAAUGUUACUUAUCAAAGUUGUUCUGUGAGUAACUGUGAUGUCUUUGUAAUUCAAAACCACCAUGCACUAAACCUACAUCAAAGUUGCUGGGCACUAUUAAUGUAUGUCAAUCAACUUCUUUAUUUGUGGCAGCUACUUCCCAUACAAGAAACAAAGAUGAGAAUUAGUUCCUGCAAAACAUGUUUUCUGAAUGGAAAUCAUGAUAAUUUUUUAUGAGUAAAAUUAGAUUAAAGAUAUUUAAUUGUCAAUCACAUUAUUAGUUCUUUGUCCAAUAGAAAAUCUAGACGAGUCAAUUGUAAAGAAUAUGCAUUAUUGUGUGACGAUACCAAAAAAAUAGUUACAAUUUGCCGGAACAAGGCAAGAAACUCCAAAAUUUAAUUAAAACUGGACCGUGGAGCCCACUUGAAUAUCUCAUAAUUUUAUGUCUACUGGAAUCUUGGCAAUUUUUAAUUAGAAAAAUUUGUUUCUCAAAAGACCAUAAAGGCUCUUCCGGCUUUCAAGAAAUGCAUCUUUUUAAAAUUAUUCAGAAAAGUAGACUAGUUUCUUAAAGAGUAUUAUAUAUUAAUCAUGUAAAGGGCUUAAACCUAUUGAAAUUUGGUGAAAUUUUGUAUCCAAGUGAUUAGUUCCUAAGGGAAUUAAACAAUUGUUAUUUUAUAAGACACUUGACAUGUAACUACAUGAUACAGAGAGUUGUAAUGAUGCCAUUGGAAUGCAAUUGCCAGCAUCAAAAUGACAUUGUCACAAAAUUAAAUUUUUGGAUGACACCAGUGACUUUUUGAUACGACUUACCAUUUAUUUCAAGAAGUUCCUGUUUUUUUCUUCUGUUGGAUGUCAUUAGACUGCUGUAGUCAUAGAAGUAAAAAUAUAAUAGAAAGUAAUUAGUAGGGUAGAGCUAGAUGCAGAGUACCAGUGUAGCUAUGGAUAAAUAUCGAAGAAAACAGCAAGGAAGUAUUGGGGUAAAUAAAAACUGGAGAAAGUAUGGGAAGGGAGGAUGAAGAGAGCUAAAUUAUGAUAUUUGAAAGAAUGGACAGGGCAAUAGCAAGG